UCAACACCCGUUUUUAGCCCGAACAGGGUUAUUUUUGUGAAGUGUAACUUUUUUAAUUUUUCGUAAACAAUUCAUUUUUUGAAAAAAAUUAAUAUAAAAGAAAUUAUAAUUUUCGGGGCCCCUUUGUUGGGACAUUUUACUUAAAUAUGAUUGUUUAUGUUUAUAAAAUUAGAAAAAUUCUUCUCAGAUAAUAAAUCAAAUAUUUCUCUAAUUACAACGAUUAUAAGUAGGAAACAGUCAUCAAUAAACUAAAUAAAUCGAUAAGUUUCAAACAUGCAAGGGAUAAAUAUCAUAUGUUUCAUAACAUUAUUUCUAUUUCUUUCAAGCGAAUUAGUGAAAUUGUUAUAAAUGGCGCAAAGUAGAUUAGAAAAAAUUGGAACUAUAUUCACGAGAGUGAAUGGCCUAAUAAGAGCCGGUGCUAUGAAAUAUGAAGACAGACCCAUUUGGUUUGAUUUGUAUACAGCUUUUCCACCAAAACUAGAACCACGUUUUGAUCGUCCUGCAACCGACACAAAAAUCAAAAACAUAUUUUAUGCAGAAGAUGUGACAAGAGCAAAAUUUCAUAAAACGGCAAAACAAAAUGAGACUAUAAACUUAUUGGAUAAGAGAAGGAAAACCCAAACACAAAAUUUUAUUCAGAUUUAUGAAAAUUUAAAAACACAAAAUCCUUUAGACGAAGAGAAAUUGUAUGAGACAGCAGUUGAAUUGUUAGCAGAGCAAACUAGAAACUCAAGUACUCAAAAUAGUUCAGAGGCCCCCGUUGAGAUUAAAACCACACUAUCCAAUGAUUUCGCAGAAAGUUUGGGUAAAGAGGGACGUAGCAAAUCUGGUGUAAAUGUAGACAUUCAAAAACUAUUCAGUGAAUAAGACAACGGCUACUGAAAUAAACAUAAAUUUAUUAGUAAAAAA